AUGUUUUCUCUGAUACUCCAUGGAAGAAGAAGUUCUAUCAUCGAUUCACAGAAAUGUCGAAACUUGGGAAUUUUAGUGAACCUUUUGCAAAACUCAAAUCCCUUCUCCUCUGCUACUGCUGCAACUCUGAGACCUAGAGAUGAUCGAAAAGGGAACACCUUUACAGUCUCCUACCUCGUUGAUUCAUUGGGUUUAGCUACGAAACUCGCAGAAUCGAUCUCGACGAAAAUCAGCUUCGAGGACAAAGGCGUGCCUCAGGAGCUACUACCUCUCUUGCUCAGCUCCUCUUGUGGCUUACCUGUUUUCGGGAAAGACAAGUUCGAAGAAUCGCUCAAGAAGGUCGUUGAGAUGGGUUUUGAUCCGAAAAACUCAAAGUUCGUGAAAGCCCUGCGGAUUGUUUACGCGUUGAAGAAGGAGACGAUAGAAGAGAAAGUCAAUGUGUAUAAAAGGUUAGGCUUUUCAGUGGAAGAUGUAUGGGAAAUGUUCAAGAAGUGGCCAUCUACUCUGUCACAUUCGGAGAAGAAGAUAACUCAGAAGUUUGAGACCUUCAAGAACUGUGGACUACUCGAAAACGAGAUCUGCUCUGUGCUCAAGAAGUUUCCGCAAUGCAUUAGUGCCUCAGAGGAGAAGAUUGAAAACUGCGUUGAAACGUUUCUUGGCCUAGGAUUCAGCAGAGAUGAGAUCGCGGUGAUGAUUAAGCGCCAUCCCGCGUGCAUAAAGUAUUCUGCAGAGUCGGUGAAGAAGAAGACUGAGUUUCUGGUGAAGGAGAUGUAUUGGUCACUAGAGGCCUUGGUUUUGAGGCCUCAGGUGAUUUCAUACAGCAUGGAGAAGAGGAUUGUGCCGAGGUGUAACGUGGUCAAAGCUCUCAUGGACAAAGGAUUGCUCGGAAAGGGAACUGAACUCCCUUCAAUGUCGUCGGUUUUGUCGAGUACCGAUACGUCGUUUUCAAGAAUGUAUGUGAUGAAGCACGAAGACAAGGAGGAGCUUGUGGCUGAGUUGAUGGCUAUUUUCACUGGAAAGAAGAGAGAACAAAUAAAGCUUUGUUGA